AAGCAGAACUACAAGUCCAUGCUUAUCAGCCUUUUCCUACUCUACAACCAUGGCGACCACAAUGAUUCUUCUUCUCCUUAAUCUGGUCAUUAUUCUACACAUUAAAGCACAGAAAUGAGCAUCUGCACUAAUGACUGCUGGGAAAUAAAGUUCAAAGCAAAUAAUGUGACAGUCAGAAGCUCCGCCUACCACACCGAUUUUCAUAUGUAAAAGAGAAAGGAUAAAAAGAAGGCAGAGACAAGGAAAUAAGAUUCCUUGUCUGAUUCUGUGUGCAAAAUGGGCUACUUUCCAUGUGGAAACCUCACCAUAUGCCUUCCUCGGACUUUUCAUUGUGAUGGUACAAAGGACUGUGAAAAUGGGGCAGAUGAAGACUACUGUGGCGACAACAACGGAUGGCCAAAUAUGUUUGAUGAAGUACAUUGGAAACCAAAUGAGGAGAUGGAUCCCCAGGAAUGCUGUCUCACCCAGUUCCCAGACAUUUGUGAGUGCAAAGACACUGAGCUGGAGUGUGUAGAGGCCAGUUUACAAGCAGUCCCGCACGUGUCAAGCAAUGUAACACUUUUAUCUCUCAAAGGAAACCAGAUACAUUCACUUCCAGAUAAGGCCUUUGGAAAUUAUAAAGACUUGACAAAUCUGUUUCUCCAGAACAAUUGUUUGAAGAAUAUAUCGCAGAAAGCAUUUUUUGGAUUAUAUCAGUUACAGAAACUAUAUCUUAGUAACAACUGCAUCAUGUACUUGCAUCAAGGGGUUUUUAGCCACUUACAUGACUUGCGAUGGCUGAUUCUAGAUGAAAAUCCAAUUGAACAAAUUACUCAGGAUUUGUUCACUGGGCUAAAGUCGCUGUUUUUCUUGUCAAUGAUUAAUAACUCACUAGAAGCUCUUCCUCAAAAGUUAUGCGCCCAGAUGCCAUUUAUUAACUGGAUAGAUUUUGAAGGAAACAGCAUUGGGUCACUGAGUAAUUCAAGUUUUGCUACAUGUGAUGAGCUCACUGUUCUGUUUCUACGUGGAAACAGAAUCCGAUUGGUAAAAGAAAACAUCUUUUCAUCUUUGAGGAGUUUAGCAGAAAUAGAUUUGUCCAAUAAUCUUAUAACAGAAGUUCCGCGCUCCAGUUUUAAAGAGCUUAAACAUUUGCAGAAACUUAAUCUCAGUUGUAAUCCACUAUCGCUCCAUAUGAAUCAAUUUGAAACAUUACCACAUCUCCAAUCAUUAGCACUGGAGAAAAUUGAAAUUCCAAAUAUAAGCACAAGAAUGUUUCAGCCAAUGAAGAAUCUGUCUCACAUAUACUUUAACAAAUUCCGCUAUUGUUCCUAUGCACCUCAUGUACGGGUGUGUACGCCGCUUACUGACGGUAUAUCAUCAUUUGAAAACCUUCUGGCAAACACAGUUCUGCGCAUAUUUGUCUGGGUAAUAGCCUGCAUCACUUGUUUCGGAAAUAUCUUUGUUAUCGGAAUGAGAUCGUUUAUUCAGUCAGAGAACAAGACACAUACAAUAUCUAUAAAGAUUUUAUGCUGUGCAGAUUGUCUUAUGGGAGUUUAUCUCUUUUUUAUUGGGGUAUUUGAUGUUAAAUAUCGAGGACAAUACAAAAAAUAUGCACUCAUAUGGAUGGAAAGUCUGCAAUGCCGAAGCCUUGGAUUUCUGGCCAUGCUGUCUACUGAAGUUUCUGUUCUGCUCCUAACUUAUCUGACAUUGGAGAAGUACUUGGCCAUUGUAUUUCCAUUCAGCAACAUUCGGCCAAGCAAGUGUCAGACUCUUGUGACACUGAUGAUGAUAUGGGUGAUUGGAUUCAUAAUAGCUGUGAUUCCAUUUUGGAAUGAAGAAUUUUUUGGAAAUUACUAUGGUAAAAACGGGGUGUGCUUUCCGCUGUAUCCUGAUCAAACAGAAGAGUCUGGAGGCAAAGGAUACUCUCUGGGGAUAUUUCUAGGUGUGAACCUUGUGGCUUUCAUCAUUAUCGUGUUUUCUUAUGUCAGUAUGUUCUGCUCAAUACAGAAGACGGCUCUUCACACGUCAGAAAUCAAGAGUCAUAUCCACAUGGAUGUCGCUGUUGCCAACAGAUUUUUUUUCAUAGUUUUUUCAGAUGCUGUAUGCUGGAUUCCAGUUUUUCUCCUCAAAAUCCUCUCUCUGUUUCGUGUAGAAAUUCCUGGCACUGUGACCUCAUGGAUUGUCAUAUUCAUUCUCCCCAUAAACAGUGCCUUAAACCCCAUCCUGUACACCCUAACUACCAGUUUCUUUAAAGAAAAACUUAAACAGCUGCUACACAGACAACGGAGAAGAUCAAUCUUCAAGAACGAGCGUAAAAGUUUAUCCACCUCACUGGUAUGGACGGAGGAUGCCAUUGCCCAACACCCUUCUCUUAAGCUUGGCUUUCUUCAUAAAAAGUCUCUUGAGGAAACGAUCAUCAGAAUGACGUGAUAAAAGGGCAAACCUUACAAGAGCCGAUGCCUCAAAAAAUAUGCAUCUCACAUCUCUUUUGUGAGAUGGAUCUUAACCAUGAAUGUUUUGGGAAACAUUUGUGUGUCCACUUGUAACUCUCAUGGAGAAGAAGAGAGAAGACGAGGUUCACAAGACUGCUGUGACCUAGUAUUGAAGAUCGGCUAUGAUGAAACCAUUGGGAUGCCGUCAUUCCAUACAACAACCAAGUCCACUGUGCAUCCUAUCUCAUCUGGGCCUUAUGUUGAUUAUUGCUAUUCUUUACGAUCACUUGGAGGUGGAGGAUUCUCAAUGUGUAAUCUUUGAGACUGAACAGUCUACUAUACAAUGACUCUUUAUAUUCUCCUUAUAGGAGAACCUGCUGUUUAUUAGAGACAUAAGCAUUGUGUGUUGAUUUUCUACACAGAGCUAUUUCUAUAAAUUCCAUUCUUACAUAUUUAUUUAAAAUAAAUGCAAUUUUACAUUGUUUUAUAAAUUUGAAAUAUAUGGAUAUACGGUAACUAAGAGCAGUAUAAGCUAAAUAGAACAUAAUACAAGAUGGAGAAUUUACUGCAGUUUUAAACAACCGGAGGUGACUGUCUAACACAACCAGGCACCAAUGGCUCUCACAAUGCAACUAAAGGUAUUAACAUUUCUAUAUGACCUACAGACAUUCUGCUAUGUAUAAAUAUUCAUCUUUAGGUGUUUGCAGUAGUUUCACAGGAUAGGUUUACAUUUGUGAGAUUCAUCCAAAUCCCAAAGUCACAACUUUAAAGGGGUACUCCAGCCCUAAUACCUCUUAUCCCCAAUCCAAAGGAUAGGGGAUAAGAUGUAUGAUUGCAGGGUCCUGCCGCUGGGGACCCCCACAAUCUGUCAUUGCGCACCCACCUUUGUGAGCUCUCUGAAGUGCUGGAGGCUCAGAGUGUGUAGCGUGACGACCACGAGGCCAGAGUAUCGUGACAUCAUGACUCUGCCCCGUGUGACGUCACGACUCCGCCCCGUGUGACCUCAAUGCAAGUCUAUGAGAGGGGGCGUGACGGCCUCUGGAUAGGGGAUUAGAUGUAUUAGGGCCGGAGUACCCCAUUUAACCCAAAAGGUCCCACUGCAUAUCAUAGAGAGAAACUCUGUUUCAGAUUUUGCAAUGGGCCUUAGGAGCUUCAAGUUAACCCCCUAGUUCCCAACCUUGAAAAAAAUCCUACUGAUAUGUUAUCAACUUUAUAGCAAAUAAAAUAAUGUAAUUAUUUAUUGUAGUUAUUUUACCUUUACUCCAAAGCAACAAGAAUGUCUGAAUCCAUCUCUUCAUUUAUACUAAGUAACUGUAGUACUAUGCAGCCCCGGGCACUUCUGGAUUACAUGGUACACGAUAGAUUAUAAUUUAAUGUACAUAUUGAUAAUAGUCUAUAAAAAGAUAUUUUCAGCCAAAGACAGUGUGCACUGGUAUGCACAUAAUAUUGUCUAUAUGUCUCUACAAAGUUCAUUGACUUCUACUAUGUCUAUAGCCAUCAUUGCCUUCACAUGGUAUACUGGUGUAACUUUCUCCAUUGUCUCCAUGUUGUGUGUCCAUAGGUUAGUCUUAUGAUAAAGGUUCUUUUAUAAACCGAAAAUAUGCAGAACAUCUUAUCUUGAGAAAAAAUUGCUUUAUCCUUGGCUUACCUGUACACCCAUAAUAUCAAUAAAUACUUAUUAAAUAAGGGGCAGCAUCACAAGCCGUUCUUGCUUGACCAAGGCACUUAGAUACAGGGCUUAAAGGGGUAUUCCGGGAAUGUUUUUUAUUUGACUAUGCUACAGGGGCUGUAAAGUUAGUGUAGUUCAUAAUAUAGUGUCUGUACCUGUGUGUGAUGGUUUUCUCACAAUUCUUCUGGGAUUUUCACCUCAAUGUUUAUGUUUAACAGCAUACAAAAUGACUGUUUCCCAGGUUGCAAUGCGGCCGAGACCUGACUCACUAGUCAGCUGAUGACAGGGAGCCUGUCUGCUUCAAUGGGUGGAGGGAUCACUUGGUGGGAGAGAGAUCAAUCCGCAAUUAAUGCAACAGCUGUAGGCACCAUGAUUGAAAACCACAGGUCUUUUGAAUGGCUGCAGCUCACUUAUGUUUCAAUGGGUGGGGUGGCUGAUGUGUGGGAGGGAGGAAAAUGGAAUUAUGGGAUUUGUAGGCAAAAAAGAAAAACUGAAAAAGGAAAUGCCAGUUCACAAAAAGCUAGCCACACUGUUAAGUAAUGUCACAACAUAGCCAUUUAGCCCCAAGAUAAGCGCAGAUCCUUCCUAAGCAUGUCCAUUAAUGUCUGGCAGGUAUGUACUAAAAUCACCUUAAGGUGGAUAACCCCUAUAAGCAGCAAACUACAGUGAAACCUCUUUAGGGUAGGGUCACACGUAGCCCAUCCAUCCCGACAGUGUGCCUCCAGCUGUGCCUGUGUGUCUUGUCCGCAGCAGCAAUCCCCUGCUAUGAGCAUACAGGAAGGGAGCUACGGGUCGCGUGCACUCAUCUGCAGUGUACUGCAGACAUCGCGGACACUCCCAGCCUAACUCAAGGAGCAGGGGAGUGGCUGCAAUGUCUGGAGAGCUGCGCAGCUCCCUUUACGGCGGAUUGCUGCUGCGAGCAGGACACAUGGGCACAGUUGGAGGCACACUCUAGGGAUGGGCAGUAGUGCAUCCGCAGCAUCAAAUACACUGCAGAUGCGCUACGUGUAACCCUACCCUUAAAGGGGUUUUCGGCUGAAAGGGGUUUAUUUUUUAGAAAGAUACCCAGGCAGUUUGCUAUAUAAAAAAUUUAAAAAAAAGACCCAGAAAGCUGUACAUACCUUCCACGGUCCUCACUGCCUCUAGCUGGUGUCCUCUUCUGGGGGGGUGAGACAUGAAAGAUGUGUCUAGCUUUGUUUUUAAUAGCAGUCAGCUUGGGCAUCUUUCUUGUAAGAUUUCACUAAUAUUAUACAUACAGUCUUAUUAUAUAAACAAUAACUAAAUCCAGAUAGGAAAUCCCGCACUCACCAUGUCCAUCGCUGUGUCUAAGGAGGUGCAACGGAAGAGGAAGGUGCAAAGAGUAGGCGGAGCUCAGAGGCAAACACCAGGGUUUCGUGCUGAUUAGCACUUCAUCCGGUAGACUCACUACAGCUCCCUGAUGCCUGGUUGUACAUUAAAAGUUAUAUCCAAAUUUACAUACAAAAAUAAUCAUAACAAUCCCUUUUAUUGUAUGCAAUUUAACUAUUUAUAAGAUGUCUAUGAAGGGUUAGCCUUCAAAGUGCUAUUUUAAAGGGGUA